UCAGUUCAGUCAUUUCAAGUGGUUCAAAGGUUCGACCGUUCGACCAACAGUGGUUCGACCCACAGGUUCGACCCACGUUCGACCUUCCUUGGUUUCUUCUACAGUGCCCACGUGACGAGACGACCGACGGUCACCGGCCAUUUACUGAGGUAGGGAAAGCUGACUGAGGCGUUGCCGGCGUUGCUUCUGUCUGGCUUUGUGUUGUGACAGAAGUCCUGUUAGUUGUGUCGUCGUGUGUUGUUGCUGUAGUUGUGGCUCACUGUCACUACUCUAACCGGCACUCUCACGUUGACGUCUUUGAGCAUUCGCGCUCAUUGGGGAGUAUUGACUGGAAGGAUGGCAGCCAAGGCUCCAUUUGUGACUCUUUCAUCCGGGCGGCAGGUGCCUGUUGUUGGCCUUGGAACUUGGAAGUCGGAGCCAGGGAAAGUGUAUGAAGCUGUCAAGACUGCAAUUGAUGCUGGCUACAGGCAUAUUGACUGCGCACUGGCCUAUCAGAAUGAAGAUGAAAUUGGGAGAGCUAUUGAAGAGAAAAUCAAAGAAGGUGUUGUUGAAAGAAAAGACCUUUGGGUUACUAGCAAGUGUUGGAACACAUUCCACAGCAAAAGUAAGGUACUGGAAUGCUGUCAGCUUUCUCUGAAGAGGUUGCGUCUUGACUACCUGGAUCUCUAUCUCAUGCAUUGGCCGUUUGGUUAUCAGGAAGGAGGCGAGAUCUUCCCUCGUAACCAAGCUGGGGACAUUCUGUUCAGCGAUGUGGACUACCUUGAAACUUGGGAGGGUAUGGAGGAGUGCUACGAAAAAGGCCUGGUACGUGACAUUGGCCUCUCCAACUUCAACAGCGAGCAAAUCAUGUGCGUUUUGAAGGCUGCCAAAGUGAAGCCAGUGAUGUUGCAGGUGGAAUGUCACCCUUAUUUGAACCAGAGUCAGCUGAUCGAAUUUUGUAAGAAACUCGACAUCAAGGUCACCGGUUACAGCCCUCUCGGAUCUCCCGAUCGUCCUUGGGCCAAACCAGGAGAUCCCUCGUUGAUGGAAGAGCCAGCCAUCAAAGAGAUAGCUCAAGCUCACGGAAAAACUCCAGCUCAGGUUUUGAUCCGCUACCAACUGGAACGGGGAGUGAUUGCGAUUCCAAAGAGUGUCACAAAGGAGCGGAUUGUUUCAAACUUGGACGUGUUCGAUUUCAAGCUCAACCCUGAGGAGAUGAAGGCAAUUGACAAGUUUAACAGGAAUCACCGUUUUCUACUCCUCCCUUGGGCUAAGGAACACAAACACUAUCCUUUCAAUAUUGAAUUUUAAUUAAUCAGCUGGUUACUUUAUGUUAAAGAUGCACUAUGUAAUUAAUGAUGUGCUCUCUUUCAGUCAAUAAAAAACAUUACUCCUACUGUC